AUGCCACGAGACACGAUGGACGAGAAAGCACGGAGCGAAAGUAUGGGCAAGGAGAAGCGAAAACCCGUGCGUCGCGACCCCGAAAAAAGGCGGCAACAGAACAUCCGAGCGCAACGUAAAUACCGAGAGAAGCUCCGUGAGCGAAUGGAGAACCUCGAAACGCUUGCAGCAUCUCUGACAACCCCGACGACGGGCACAAUCCAAUCCGAGUCGAUCCCUAGCUAUGAUGUUUCGGACGUAUCGAUUUCCAAUUCAUCGACGGCCACUCCCAAGGAUUGCCAACACCUUCUUCCACAGUCAGACCAUACCACAUCAGCACUGAACAUCUGGGACUCUACAAUACAUCUGACACCCCCAGACAAUACCAUAUCGUCACUAACCAUCUGGGAUCCUACGAUUUGGGAUUACACGGCACAGCUCCCACAUUCAGAUAUCUCCCCAUCAACACUAGCCAUCUCAGACUUCACAGAACAAUUGCCACCGUCAGAAGCUCCCUUGUCGACACCGAGUGUAUGGGUUCCUCCAACACAUGUUGAUCCUUCCAUUCUCGUCCAUGAUAAACACAAUGACGGCCUUAGUCGAUGCUGGACGACCACCACCGUCGAAUGCGAUUGCUCCAGGCCACAUUUCCAGGUACAGGUACAAACACAUGGUCCUGGCCCAUACAGCUCUACCGAGGUCAGGAUACUCAGGAUUGGACCGGUCGCACCUGCACCCGAUCCAUAUGCCAACCAUUUUCGCCUGGAAACGAUCUGUACGUUAGCUGCAAUGGAUACUCUCAGAAUGCAUGUUGGCAUUACGGAGGAGAUGAUGUGUAUCGAGGAAUCUCCCUCGCCAUUCUAUCGGUCGAUCAGGGCAUCGGCGGACGACACGGUCAAGGAAAACAUGAUCUGCACAGUGCAGAGGAUAUUCAAGACCCUCAAACCGGACUUGAGACCAAGCAGUGAACAAAUUACUGUCGAGCACCCUCCAUACAUUGAUGUUCUGCCCUUUCGGACGCUGCGGAAGAAUCUCAUCCUCCACCAGCAAGAGGUGGACGAGGAUGAAUUUCUCCGCGACGCCGUCACUGGUUUAGUAUGUUGGGGAGGGGCAGGCGUUGGGAGGAAGGAUCGAGAUGCUUCUACUGGAUACUCUUCGACUGGUACUCCGUGGGACAACCGCAGCUGGGAGGCAAAGGUGUGGUUUCUGAAGAAGUACUGGUCUCUGCUAGGUGGAGAGGAGGGAGAACUUGUGCGACAAAGCGAAUGGUGGCGCAGUAUCAGAGGCGAGGAUCCGCUGGACAUAGAGGCACUAGUAUGA